CCUCUUGCUCUGCUAGAGGCAUAUUCAAUUGAUGCUGUAAAGGCUGGAGAAAACUGCUUACUAUUCCAUUCACUUAUUUGAAGCCACAUUACAAAUGGAUGUUUGCCUAUAUGUACAUCUGCAUCUGUACAUGCAUUCGGAUGCUGUUUUUUCUCCCCUAUGGCUUAUUUUGUCUUCUGUUAAAUGAUUUUGCUGGUGUCUAUACAGCUACUGCUGCUGGCUUACAGAGCUCAGACUCUCCUUAGCUCUAGCUUCGGAUUGGUCUCUCUCUUAAAGUGCUGGCCAAGGGUUGGUUGCAGGGACUGCUGAAUAACAGGUGCAUUUUGCUGCUCUGUCGCCUUUGAAAGAAGCAGCCGAGGAACGCUGGUGCAUCUGUUCUGUGGAUGGAGAGAAGCAAGGAAGAGGGAAGGCAGCUCAUGUGUGCAGGAAUGUGGCAAAUCAAAUAGACAAGGGGACACACUCGGAUGCUGGGUGGAAAAAAGAAGGCUGGUGUAUUCCUAUGGAGAGCAGAAGAGAGAGAGAGAGGAGAAAAGUGUAGAGAUGCGAGGAUGAAUAUAAUGUUAAUGCCUGGAUGGAAUGAUUUUUUUUAGCUGAUUCAGCAGCUGCUUCUGGCAUUCUGCUCUGUACAAAAAUAUAAUGGAGGAAUUGUUUGUUGUUAGCUAUCUGUGACAUUUGAAUGCUAAUAAUUUUGCCCCUUCCUUGUUGGGAGCCAAAUUAAAUGCUGAUGAUCCAGCUUCUCAACGCUAAUGUAUUUUGGAGGGUGAAAGGAAUAUAGGAUGAGUGAAGUGGCUGCUUCCACCUCACCACCUGUACGUCCGGCAGCUGCUGAAGAGGCUGCAGGUGGAAACACUACAGAAGAGGAGGAUGGAGCACCAAACCCUCGGGAGGUGCAGUGUAGUGACUGCAUUGUAUGGAACAGGCAGCAAACGUGGCUAUGUGUAGUGCCUCUGUUAAUUGGAUUCAUUGGCUUGGGUCUGAGCUUGAUGCUUCUAAAGUGGAUCGUAGUGGGAUCUGUAAAGGAUUAUGUCCCGACCGAUUUAAUGGAUUCCAAGGGUAUUGGCCAGGACCCCAUUUUCCUUUCAAAACCGAGCUCUUUUCCAAAAAGUAUGGAGACUACAACUACUACAACCACAACCAGGACUCCUAAUCAAAUUAGCACUCGUUUAACUACCACCACUCGGGCCCCCACUCGUAUCCCAGCAAGCAGAGUACCUAUCCGGGCAAACCCUAGAACAACUACUGUGCGCCAUACAGUCGCCCCUCCUACAAUUAUCUCUACCACUGGCCCUCUUAGUACGACCACUUUUGUUUCACGCCCACUACCAGGGACCCCCACCACCCAGCCAAUGCCCAUCUGGCCCACUGCGGAAUAUUCUACCUCUUCCUACAAAAUUUAUCUCCACGUUUCCACCCAAUCUCAUUUUCAGGAGUCUACAACUAGCACCCCGGAAACUACCACUAUGCCCAAACAUCACACUACCACCUACUUCACCGAGAGAUCUGAACACUUUAAACCCUGCAAAGAUAAAGAUCUUGCAUACUGCUUAAAUGAUGGGGAAUGCUUUGUGAUAGAAACCUUAACAGCAUCUCAUAAACAUUGCCGGUGCAAAGAAGGCUACCAAGGUGUACGGUGUGACCAGUUCUUACCGAAAACUGAUUCAGUAUUGUCUGAUCCAACAGACCAUUUAGGAAUUGAAUUCAUGGAGAGUGAGGAGGUGUACCAACAGCAGAUCUUGUCAAUCUCUUGCAUCAUCUUUGCCAUUGUAGCUGUGGGUUUGAUUUGUGCAGCCUUCUACUGCAGGACAAAAAGACAAACAAAAAUAAUUAAAGAACAACUGAAAGACGCACAGAAUGGGAAAAAUUAUAGUCUCCACGCUUCGAGUUUAUUAUCAAAAGCAAAGAGCUUUGGAGAAAACAGAGUCCAACUGCAUAGUUAUUCAAAGUCUGAGCGGAAUCCUGAGCCAAUAAGAGAGAAUGUCGUGGAAACCAGCUUUUCUGAAACACAGCCCUUCUCAGACCCCACACCAUCAGACAGAACAAGCCUGUCAAUAAAGCAUCAUAGGAGCCUUUCAACAUGCUGCAGUCCCAGCCAAAGGAGUAGGAUGCUGCAGAGAAAUGCCUUUCGGAGAACCCCUCCACUGCCUAGGGGUCGCCUCAAUGGGAUUACAGGACCAGCAUAUCAGCAGCUGGAGGAGCCUGGGCUUACAGAUCAGGACACGAUUACUUGCCAAGGGUGUUCCGCCACUGAUUUGAAUCACCCACAAAAUAAUUCAAUAAAUAUGCAACUGCAGCUGCGUUCAAAAGAAACACAAUCCUACUUUAAUAACAAGGAUCAAAAGGACUGCAUCAGUGUUUCAAUGUGUAGGGCUAGCUCCAUUCCUAUCAUACCCUCUGUGGGGCUAGAUGAUGCCUGCAUGCAAAUUCAGAGUGUUUCUGAUACAUCCGGCAUCACACUAUGUAAAAACUCCUAUUCCAGUGAACUUGUGAAGGUGAACAUUGCACCUAGCAACUGUCUUAUAGCAGAGCAAAAGGAAGUUAAAAUUUUGCUUGAAACUGUACAAGAGCAGAUACGAAUUCUGACCAAUGCAAGAAGGAGAUCAGAGGACUUGGAAAUGGCCAAUGUACAGUCUGAGGAAAGCACCAGUGAAAACACAGCUUUCCUCCCCCUGAGCCCAAAAGCAAAAACUGAAUCGGAGGCACAACUUGUCUUAAAAAAUGAAAUACAUAGGGACUCGACACUCCAUGUGUGAUUUUGGUGACGGAACUUCCUGUCUGAUGCUUAGCGUAACAGAAUAAGUGGGGGACAAAAAAAUAUGAGAGGAAAUAAAUUAUUUAUAUGCAUUAAUUUAACAGCAUCUACAUAGAAGAAACCAAAUAGUCUAUCGCCCUCAUAUCAUAGUGUUUUCUAAACAAAAUAUUUUUUUAAGGGAAAGAAAAGAUUGAGGAGAGGCAAAGCAUACAUUGGGCGCAUUGAUGUGUUAAAGAAUAUUGUAUGUUGAUUUCUAACCUUCUCGAAUUCUGGUGGUAUUUGAUGCAGCUAAAUGUUUUCAAAUUUCCUCCAGGUGAAAAGAGUUUUAAACAACCAACAUGAUCUUUUCAACCCAAAGGGCCAAAAGCAUCACCAUUUGCAAACCAUAAUUGUAUUUUGUUAUAUGAUUUUAUUGACAAUGAAAGUAAAAUGCCACAACUAUCCCAAUGAAAAAAUAACAAUUAUGAUGUGUGUGUUCAGUUUUCCUGUUGUGUUAUUUUCUACGUUUCUUAAUUCUGGACACUUAACAUUCACAUGUGCCAAAAUACAUGCUUGCCUAUUUAACACAAGAGUUGCCUGAUGUUGACCAUGAUCAGAAUCCAGGAGCAUCUUAGAGCUAGAUAUGAUCUCCUUGUUCAACACAAUCAUCUGUUGACAAAAUAAAAAUGUAUUCAUUCUCACCUAAGCAACGUGGCAUAACAGCUAUAGAGGUCUAAGUUUUUUUUUCUUAUUAGAUGUAGCACCAUCUGUGCUUUGUGUAAUAUUUUGUUCAAUAUUCAUGUCCUAUAUUAUGUCCUAUGAACAGAUUUGAAGUUCAUAGGAAAAAAAUUUAAGAAAAAGUGUAAAAUGGUUACAUUUUCAAUAUUAUUUCAUGAUUCUGGCCAUUAUUCAAUGUUGGACACAAAUGGGGUAGCAAAUCCUGCUAAAAUACAAAUUGCAUUUAUGUCGGACACUGGAUAAGGCCCUUGAUGAGGUAUAUUUCUAAAAAUUGAUUAAGAGAAAAAAGUGGUUUUGCCCAUAACAACCAAUUAGAUACUAUAAUUUUUCUAGUGGAGAUUAGAAUAUGUGAAUUAACGUGAUUGGUUGCUAUAGGAAUUACCACAUUAUUUUUCUGAAAGUUUAUUAGUUAUCACUUGAUAAAGCUUAACAAUGAUCACUGAUGUAAUCAACCAGAAGCACAGUGGUAUGGGAGUACAAUAUUAUUUGCUGGACGACAUAGAGAGGUGGCACAGAGUAUAUAGUCCACAUUCUUUAAACACUAAUCUUUGCAUAAUAACUUGACCACGGGAUGUGAAUGUAUUUAGGUUUUCAUUCAAAGCCAUUUACAAUGUCUUGUUUACAGAUUUCAAAAUGUGUCACCUUGUGUGAAACCAAGAUUUGUAAGAAGAUACAAGGUUCUAUUUAUGUGUAUUAUUUACUUUGUCAGAUCAACAAAACAAAGUAAAUGUUUAUAGAAGCUGGUUCUCUUUAUGUACUACUAAUUAUCAGCACUUUCUGUUGUCAAUCAUUAUAAAUCAUCCAAGAUUGCAAACAUUGUGAGGCUGCCAUAACUCCUCAUGUAGAUUUGAACUGCAUGUACAGGUGUUAUAUAUUUUCCCAAUGUCAUUUGGUCCAGCUCUAUGGACUGAUGACAAACUCAAAUAAACAUACAGUAGGCAUCCUGCCUGGCUGUGCAGAUUUGGUACAUAUAUACUUUAAGUGGGUGAGCCUGUCUUUAAUAAAUGAAAAGUAUCUGGAUUAUAAAUACCUGGGAAAUGCAAUAACAGGUAAGGGGGUAAAAAUCUAUUGAACACUGUCCAUUAUCAGUAAAUCUUAAACAGAGAGCACAACACAACUGUCUGUACUAUAUGUCUGGUGCUAGCCAAUAACAGGUUCUUUACUUACACAGCGCCACAUGUAUGCAUAUACAAAAAAAUUUCCAAGGCUGCACAAACGUACCAGAUCGUGAACAUGAAAAGAAAAGUAUCUGCUGCAUAAAAUUGUGUUUUAAUCAGGUUUUGCAUCAAUAAACAUAACCUUUAUCUGGAUAUAUCACUAACUGAUAUCUGUGUGCAGCCUUUGAACAACAUUUGAUGCUCUUACAUUAGGGGUAAUUCAGAGUUGAUCGCAGCAGCAAAUUUGUUAGCGGUUGGGCAAAACCAUGUGCAGUGCAGGGGGGGCAUACAUAACAUGUACAGAGAGAGUAAUGGGCCCUACACACUGCGCGAUCCACCACGACCUGCCCAAUGAAGGAUACGGCCGACGGGCGACCUGGCGGCGGAGGGGGGGGGUGACGGGGGGAGUGAAGCUUCUUCAGUCCCCCCCAUCACCCGGCUCCAUAGCAGUGCAGGCAAAUAUGGACGAGAUCGUCCAUAUUGGCCUGCAUGCAUAAGAAACGGGGCACCAGCGAUGAACGAGUGCUGGGCCGCGCAUCGUUCAUCGCUGGAGCCUCCACACUGGAAGAUAUGAACGGUAUCUCGUUCAUUAAUGAACGAGAUCGUUCAUAUCUUUUACUAUUAUCGCCCAGUGUGUAGGGCCCAUUAGAUUUGGGUGGAGUGUGUUCAAACUAAACCUAAAUUGCAGUGUAAAAAUAAAGCAGCCAGUAUUUACCCUGCACAGAAACAACAUAACCCACCCAAAUCUAUCAGUGCACAUGGGGGGUAAUUCCAAGUUGAUCGCAGCAGGAUUUUUGAUAGCAACUGUGCAAAAACAUGUGCACUGCAGGGGAGGCAGAUAUAACAUGUGCAGAGAGAGAUAGAUUUGGGUGUGGUGAGUUCAAUCUGCAAUCUAAUUUGCAGUGUGAAAAUAAAGCAGCCAGUAUUUACCCUGCACAGAAAUAAAAUAACCCACCCAAAUCUAACUCUCUCUGCACAUGUUAUAUCUGCCUCCCCUGCAGUGCACAUGGUUUUGCCCAGUUGCUAUCAAAAAUCCUGCUGCGAUCAACUUGGAAUUACCCCCAAGGUUUUGCCCAACUGCUAACAAAUUUGCUGCUGCGAUCAACUCUGAAUUACCCCCUGAGUUUCUUCAAAAGAGUAGUUCAAGAUUGUGUAAGGAUUGACAUGUCAAAAUAUUGCUAAAUAAUUGUAUAUUAGAACAAGGAAUGCUUAAUAAAAAGUUCUCUGCAAGGUUUUUUUUAUACAUAAAAUGGGUUAUGAACAAGAUAACAGAAACA